GGAACACCUAAACUGGUAGUUUGUGACCGUGGGCGUAUGUUUGAGGCGUCUGCUUUCACUAACUGGGUUUCCGAAAUGGGUUGUGCUGUGCACUACAUAACGCCCGAAAUGCACCACUCCAAUGGGCAAGCCGAGCGUUAUGUGAGGACAGUAUUGAACCUUAUCCGUGUAGAGAGUAACAAUAAAAAGUCUACUUGGUCUGAUGCUUUGUGUAAAAUACAAAUAAUGUUAAAUAUAACGAAACAAAAGACUACGCAAUAUUCCGCUCUUUAUUUACUAAUCGGUACUAAUGCGACCACUCCUAUUAUUCAUGCGCUCGUCCGAGAUGUUGCCAUGGAGAACUCCAGCCCCAAUCGUGAAGCCACAAGAGAAAUUAGCAGGAGCAACGCUAAAGCGGCGCUGGACAAAAACAGAAUUGGUCAAGACACACGGGUCAAUCGUCAAAGGCACACCCCAAAGAAAUUCCAGGUCAACGACCAGGUAUUUGUGAUAAAAUACUCUCAAUCCGGAGGUAAGCUCUAUUCUGGUAUGAGAGGUCCAUAUCGUGUCACUAGAAUACUACCAAAUGACCGUUAUGAGAUGAAGCUGCUUAGUGGAUCUAAAGGCAAGACCAUUCAGGCGGCAGCACAGUAUAUGGUACUGUGGAAUGGCGAAUGGUGUCCAGAGAGUUGCUCUGCAUUUUUGACUAUAACCCUGACGAUGACGAUGUUGGUGAAACUUCAGACAGACCAGCAGAUCCCGCUAGUGCAGACACAUCACCACAAAUGGGCAACGAGCAAGAACUUGCUGCAGUUACCAACACCACCUAAGAGCAUAACUUCAGUGUGUCCGAGGACGGCACACGGUCAGGAGAGGCCGUAUUAGAUAAUCUUACAGCAGGUGGCGUCGAUCCCCACCAUCACUGACAAAAAUGUCUUUCCCCCACCAACGUCUAUAAAAGCGAAUGCAGAGCCGACCAAGCGCUCUUUCGGCUGCUAGGAUCGCGGUUGAUACGGUGGUUGGUCUCGACGGUACUUGCUGUAGGUCAUUUAGGUCAUUUAGGUCAUUUUCGCGGAGUGUAAAUUAGCGUUUGUUUACUUCAUAAUUGUUUAAGUUAUUUUAAGAUCUUUGUAAAGUAUUUGACGUGUAAAUUAA